CGUAUAUACCACGAGGGGGAUCCAAGAACGCGAACACAACGGCAGCCACCGCUGUUGAAGACGGUGAUCGACGCGUCUCUCCGUCGGGUUGCAUCAAUACAAACGGUUCUCAUCGACUCGUCGACGCGAUAUUCGAGUGCAACAUGAGUGUCCCGUGUGUCGUGGGGCCUGAUCAAGUGAGAGAAACGCUGUUGACGCAUCUGAAGGACAGCAAGGUCUAUAGGGACGGCCCUCAACCGUGGACCGUCGGAUAUUCCAGGCUGGGCGGUCGUGGUUUGUUCGCCACACGCGACAUAGCGCCUAACGAGUUGAUAUUCGUCGACGCACCCCUGAUUAUCGGGCCAAGGUGCAAUGGCACGCAUCUGGAGAUGUGCGUUUGCUGUUACAAGAACGAGUGCCCGCUGUUUCCGUGCGACCACGGCUGCGGAUUGCCUGUGUGCUCGGUGCAGUGUGAAAAUUCACCGAGGCAUACGGACUACGAAUGCAAGUACCUCAGGUCGUUGAUACCGACUUGCGGGACCGACUGGUCCUUGCAGUUGUUGCUAGCUGUGAUACCGAUACGCGCGUUGUUCCUCACGGAACGGCAACGCGAAUGUUUGGCCACGCUUCAGUGCGACCAGACUCUUAUCCCCAGCCACGAGAUCGACAUGCUUCGACGGAACGUAACAAAUCCUCCAAGCGAAGAAGAUGAAAAGUUAAUGAGACACGUGUGCGGGGCGUUCGCCACGAACGCGUUCGAAACGGUCAGCGUCCAAGACAAGGACCAUUCAUCCAGUUUGCGUGGACUCUAUCCGAUGGGGGCAUUGCAGAAUCACUGUUGCGUACCAAAUACGAGACACCACUUCGACGAUGAACAGAGGCUGUACGUUAACGCUGCGCUUCCAAUUUCUGCUGGAGAGGAGCUCACCAUGUCCUAUACCAGUUUAUUUUGGGAUACGACGCUGCGAAGACCUUUCUUGAGCCUCACCAAACACUUCUCCUGCGAGUGCAACAGAUGCACCGAUCCUACGGAAUUCGGAACUAGAUUAGGAGCGCUCUUUUGUGCAUCCGAUGAUUGUUUCGGACACCUGUUACCGCGAGAUCCUCUUAAAAUGGGAUCUCCCUGGAUAUGCGACAAGUGCUCGAUGUCUAUAAACAACCGACAGAUACGUUCCAUUCGUUCAGGUUUGGCAGCUAUACUGGAAGAAGCUUUGUACAAACCACCGCGACAAAUUUACAAGUUUAUGCAAAAGGAACUUUCAUCCGUGAUUCCUCCUAAUAAUUAUCUCUUAAUGGAUUUGAAGUUUCGAAUUAUAUCAUACUAUGGCAGGACUGAGAAUCUCGAGUGGGCAGAUUUAACUGAUGCCGAACUCGAUCUAAAGUGGAGAUAUUGCAACGAUUUACUCUCUGUCUUAGACCUUUUGAACUGUGGAGACUGUAAAAAAAGAGGUCUGAUUUUGUAUGAAUUGUAUUGUACAAACGUUGAAAAGAUAAAACGACUUCGGCAACAGCAAAAUAUAAAAAAUGAAGAUGCACAUUGUUCUAUACAGAAUGAUGGAAACGAGCGUCUAUUAGAGAAAGCGAUGACUAUAUUACAGAAUGAUGUUGUCGCAGUUGCUGUUUUCGAAUACGACAAAAGAUUUUUUAAUUAACACUAACUGCUAGCUGAAAAAUGUUAUAAAGGAAAUAGUUAAUUUUUAGUAAAGUAAAAUCCAUCUCUUCGUAUUAUAAACCUAUACUUAUAUUAUUAUUAUUAUUAUUAUUAUUAUUAUUGUCUAUAAAUAGUUUGUAAAUGUACACAAAAUUCAAUUCGUAAAAUAUUUGAUAAAAAUAAAAAUUACUCAAGUUAUAAGUUCAUAAUAUAAGGAUACUAAAAAAACGAUGUUUAUAGAAAAAAUAUAAGAAAGCAUACCAAAUUUUCAAAAAUAAACGUCUUUUUUUUUUAAUUUAACCAUCUAGGAUUAAGCAGGAUUAAGAUACUUUCCCUGAAUUG